GACCCCUUCUUUAAUAACCGUCUCGCGUUUUUCCUUGUGGCCAGCUUAGGCAGUCAAUUUAUUGAAGCAUCCUUGUUGCAAGGGCAUAUUUUGCCGAGGAUACGACACUUAAUGGCUUCUAAUCAAUCUCAUCUAGAGGAAAUGAGCCCAGACGACAUUCCUAAAAGCAUCAUGGUGUCAGAUAUUACUCCAGGAACCAAAGAAGAAGCCAUUGUUAUUCACUUUCAGCAGCGUAAACAUGGCGGCGGUGAUGUGAUGUCGGUGAAAUUCGCCCAAGAUAGAGACCGGGCAGUGAUCACAUUUGAAGAAAAGGAAACUGUGGAAACAGUUUUAAAGGAAGGACACAAGAUUGAAGGUGUGGUGGUUAAGGUUGAUCGGCUGCCAUGCAAAAGGAAAGUGAUCAAUGACGAGAUAUUUUGUCAGGUUACAGCAAAAUUUGAUCCCGUCUGGUUGGGCAUUCCAACGAAAGGGGCGAAACAGAUUUUGGAGAAAGUAAUGGUGGCCACAGAUGUGUCCGUUCGGAGCGAUGACCAAACGUUUUUUAUAUCAGGCACCUUGAAACAAGUUAAUGAUUGCCACCUCCAAAUGAAAAGGUUCUUAAACGAACACCAAGAAGUUUUUGCGAAACUAGACAAUCUUCGCUUGGCGGCCAAAGACCCUUUUGAAGCCAUAGAAAUCGAAAAUGGAGGAUCAGGAAAGGUGGUCUCAAAGGCUGGAAGCUCUGAAGUUAUCAUGGUCGAUGGUAGUCCCGAAACGAAGGUCAUCCCUAUCAACGAAGUCAACAGCGCCGAUCAGGAAGGACGUGUAUAUCCCACAAUAGAGGCAGGAUGGUUUCAAGUAGAUCCAUAUGCCUUCCGUUUUAUGGAGAAGUUUUUUAAAGAGCAAUUAAACGAAAUCAAUGGAAAAUUUCUUGUGGAAAUUACCGCUUCGGAUGACGGUACUCGAGUUAUACUUCAGGCGAAGCAGAACUGUGAUCCUACAAGCUACAACACUGCGUGCAGUGAGGUUUCAGACCUUAUUAAAACUGUCACCCAGGGUAUGGUUACCAAUGAGCUGGACUUAAAAGGUGCAGACGAGGAUUCAGCUAAAGUCUUAAUGGAAUACAUUGGAACUAAGUACCCGGUGAUCAUUGACCGACCCCAAGAACACGGUCCGUUUUUUGUGUAUGGUGAUGCUGCAUCUGUAGGAGAAGCCAGGCGAACUGUAAAAGGAGGAAUGAGUCAACAGGAAAGUUAUGAUACUGGCCUUGGUACUCAAGAAAUGGCAAUAGCAGCACCAGAAAUGAUUUCCUUUGAAACCUCUAGUUAUCGAUCAGAAAAUGGUGUGUGUAUCUCCCUUCGUUAUGGAGACAUCACCGCCGAGGAAGUAGAUGCAAUCGUGAACCCUGCGAACGAAUUUUUGGCCCACGUAGCUGGCCUUGCAAAGCUGAUCGUCCAAAGAGGUGGACUUGAAAUUGAAAGGGAAUCUGACACGUUGAUGCGAAAACGCGGUUAUGAAGCGUUACACAUUGGAGACGCUGUGCAUACAGUCGCUGGAAAUCUUCCCUGUAAGUUCGUCAUUCAUGCCGUCGGUCCCGAGUGGGUUAAACACUCACAUACAGAAAAUAUGAAACUUCUAAAGAGAGCGUGCCUCCAGAGUCUUAAACUGGCGUCUAAACUCGGUUUAUCAUCCAUCGCCAUACCAGCGAUAAGCUCCGGUAUCUUUGGUACACCUAUUGAUGUGUGUGCCUUUGCCAUGUUAAACGCAGUGGAGGAGUAUCUUAGGAUGCCGACGGUUACGAAGAAAGAAAAUGCAAAGAAAAAAGGACCAAAAGAAAGUAAUCAGAAACACAAACAAACAGAUAAAAAGAAAAAGUCGACCAAGCCGCCGACAGACACGCCAAGCAAAACUACAGAUGAAGAAAAGGAGCGAGCAAACCCAAAAGCCGUUCUAAACGAUAUUCGUAUUGUCCUCAUUGACGCCGACUCAAUGGAUAUCUUCCAGAAACAGUUCAUCGAAAAAUUCGGUGAUGUCAUUAGCGAUGACUUUGAUGAUGUCGAUGAUGAACAUGAUGAUGAUGAAGUUUAGCGCGAGAAAAUCACCAUUCCAAUCUUAAACUAAACUGCUGUGACACAACGUUCUUGAUGAACAUUUUUCUUUUCUCGCUAAGUGAGAUGACUGAAAAUCACAAUGUCGCUGCAAACACUAUCUUAUCGUCAUCAAGAACUGGCUAGUACUGAGUUAAGACAGUGUUUUCCUAAGCAACAGUCUUUCAUUCUAUCAUUGGCAUGGGCCGUUUGACUGAAGGGCAAGGGAUAAAGGCGAUUUUUGUGACUUAAUCGGUCAUUAGAAGCUCCAUUGACUGAUGAUCACUAAACAUAUUCCUCAUACUAAGCUCGCAAGUGAUCAUGAUUGUAUAUACUUUAUUCAAGCCACUCUAUUAUAUUUGUAAUAUAUUUUACCACCCUUAUGGUUCACUUUAAGUCAUGGAAAAUUUAUGUUGUUCGUUACAACUAGCGCGGUUUGAUAGACCAAUGUACUGACUCUUAGUUUAUUUAGACGAUUUAGUUAACUUUGAAAAGUGGAAGCAAACUCAAACUUAGAUCUGCUUUGUAUCAUGUUAUUCUUAGGUGCAGUUGCGCAAGUGGAGCCAGUCGACCAAUCGCAUGCAGGAUACCACCGUACAUACUCAUACCCUACUGUUUAGAAACUAACAGUAGGCCUUUUUCAACAUGAUUCCUGAUCGCUAUUGCGUUGUCCCGUUACACAGAGUGUGAAUGCUAUUUUCAAGGUGCAAAUGCGUGUGGGUGAAAGCCCCUUUACAGCGUUAAGAUACUCACCUUUUGUCGAAUGACGAAAAAUAGUCAGAGAUACCAAGAUAAGGUUUAAUUGGCCACAUAACUUACUUUAUUGACAACAUGACUUUCUGAUAAUCUUUUUAUUAUAUUUCAAUAGAAACAACCGGAGUUCGAUCGAAAGAUCUGCUUUCCCCUACCACCCACUCUGCGAAUAACUCAAUGCUUCCUGAUAAGAAAUGAGAAAUUUUACACAUUAACCACCCCUGAACAGUCCAUUAUCUCUAAUUACUAUUUAUAUCAAACAAAGACUACGAUGUUUGGGCGACACAUUUUAUUGACUAGUAGAAAGAGACGCUAGCGCUAGAGAUCAUUAAACUGAACCUCUAGGGAGGUGUAGGCGGGAAAUCGUUGACUCGCUCGAAACUGGCUGUGCGACAGAGCUAUCCGAAACCCGAUACACUGAAACAGCUAAGACUUACUGGUCAGGGGCGUGUUUACUACGGUAAUUACCUAUCAUCACCCAGGGUGAUCAUUGUACAAUUCUUUUUCUAUUUAUUCAGAUACACGUCUUGACAUUUCAAAUUUCUGAUAAGGAAAUUUAAACAACGCUUUCACUUUGCCCUAACCAAUCUUACUUCAUUUGCUGGUCGAAAUAUCAUUUCCUUUCACCUGUUGAGCGGCUACCGUAUCCGCCGUUUUUGUAUUUGUUCUCCUAAGUCAAAAACCAAAGAGGAAAGAAAAGAGAUGACGGUUAUAGAUAGUAUCGACGGUAGACUUCGUGUUCUCUUAUAUCCGUUGAAUGUAAAAAGAAGCAAGAAGAAAAGUUAAAUGCUGAAUGAAUUAGGGCUGGUUUUAAUUUAGGUCAGCGGUCAAAGCUAACCUAAGUGACGCGCUAUUACCCUUUUCUCUAAAAUAACGCAUCCAAGAAAACGGAUAUGACGUUUGAUCUAGAAGUUUACGCCGUGAAUACAUAAAUCCUUAUCAAAAGGG